AUGCCUCUCUCCCUUUUUAAGAAGGUCGUGAGCUUGUUUAUGCCACGGAUAAGCUGGCUUAUCCCGACUUAUCGACCUGUUCAUCGUUAUUGGAGAUGGCUGUGCCACUCGACUAUUCCAUCGGAUUGCAAUUCCGGGGACGGGCAUAUUUGUCAAAGCUGCAGCGACCCAGCUUCCAAGGAAGUUUCUGGAGCGAAAGUCACCGCCGCAGAGGAAAAACAGUCUCGGAGGCUUCCAGAUAGCACAAAUAUAGAAAGCGACAACGAUAACAGAUGCUCCCAGCACGGGCUUCGCGGGGAUGAUCAACAACAGCACCAUAGAUCCUCCUUGAUGGUGGACAGCUUUGAAAGUCUCGAGACGCUUAACGAAAAGCGGGGUGGAGAUCGCACGAAGUCGAGCUCAAAUUACCGUAAUCCUGGAUGGAGACCACGAAACCAAACAAGUCCCUUUCCCACUUGUUUCCACUCCGAUUGCACACUACAGCGGCAGGUCCCACAUAUUGCAUGUCGAGAUUGGUCGAGCUCCCACCAACGCGGCCUGGUGCGAGUCACGACCUUUGCUCCAAAACUACGCUGCGAGCCUUCAGACGAGAGCAGGAAAGCGAUAAAAAAUGCCGCCGUCGCGCCAAGAUUUCGCCCGACAGAUGAUGGUUAUCGGCGAGGGUCCUGGUGA